AAUUACAAAAAAAAUUUACAAAAAAAAAAAAACCGCCAAAAAACAAACAAAAACAAAAAACAAGUAAAAAUGUUGCAACUGAGAGCGUAACACAACAGAGAAGAAGAAGAAAUAGAAGUGCGGUGGCAGAAGUGGCAGCAGCAAGGGGCAGCAUUAUAUUUCCUUCUUAAAAAAGCAACAUCUUCCAAAAGAAACAACAACAACAAAUAAUAACAAAUAAACAACAAAACAACAACAAGAAAGCUAGAAAGAGAGAGAAAGAUAGUUAGAGAGUGAGAGAGAGAGAAAAAUUAUUAAUUAUAAUAUUAGAGCCCGCCCAGCCAAGGUCAACUUUUGGUUUUGGGGCAGAAACAACACAAAAUGCACGCGUGUGUCUGCUGCUGUUCGACAAACAACAAUUGCAACAACAACACAAACGACAGCAACAACAGCAACGGCAGCAACAACACCACCAGCAACAACAUCAGCAACAACAACAACAACAAGCAGAAGUGCAACAUUGUGAAAAAGGAGUGCAACAAGCCAGUGAAGAAGGAUAACAUUGAGGAGGAGAGUUCGAAAGUUCAGAAGAAACAACAACAACAACAACAACAACACCAGGGCAAGGAUAAGAGCAAGCAACAUCCCAUUGAGGAGUUGCUGUUGUCUGCUGGCCAGAGAGCCAGUGGCGGCGACGACGACAACAACAACAACAACAAUAAUAACAAAGACGAACACGACCACAACGAUCUCAACGGCGCCGCAACGAUCUCAACGAGGCGGUGGUGGCGGCGCGAUCCUCCGGGAGCGAUUACGUCGACGACGUCCUUCACCAAGUCCUUGCCACCAAGUAGUAGUAGUAGUAGUAUCAGUAGUAGCAUCGUCACCUAUAAUAUUAUUAUUAUUGUUAUUGAGGUGACGAUAGCGAUAGUACUGUUGUUGUUGCUGUCGUUCUACCGGCAAAUCAUCAACAACAACAACAACAACAACAACAACAACAACAACAACAAGGGAAACAUCAAGAGAGAGUAUCCCUUUUGCGUGAAAAAAACGGGAUCCAACGGGAGUCGUGUUGUCUCGUUCUCGUUAUAAUUU